UCCUUUCUCUGCCAUCUGUUCAUACCGUUUUGCCUUCUCCCUUCCCUUCGUCGAAGACUUUGAUAGUUUACAGAGCCUGGUGCUCUCAUCGACGCUUUCUUGUUCAACCAAGCCCCCACUCACCUUUCGAGAGAAGGGUGCUUUCUAUCCUUGUCGCUGGUCGACCUUUCUCCCUCCCCUUCUCCACACAUACUGCCGAGGCACACAAGUCUCAACGACUCAAACAAGCAUGACGCACACCUCAAUCUGCUCAACCGUUGUAUCCAAGCCACCUCUCUUGGCGCGUGCAAAGGCUCCAAGGUUGGGGCAGAAGAUCAUCGAUGAUCUCCUGCCUCAGCAGACAGCGUCGGCCUCUGCCUCUGAUGCGGUAGAUUCUAGUACCUCUUCAGCAGAUGCAGAUGCGGUGCAGGCACGUGCUCUGUGGGCCAAGAGGAAGCCUGCAGUUGCUAGUGUCACCAUGACAAUUACCGUGCCUGCAGUAAGCAGGCCCACCGCAACGACUUCAUCAGUCGGGCCACGCUUGGGCCAGGUUGUCUCUAUCAAUGAUGAGGAAGAUGCAACUUCCACAUCCUCCUCGGCGAGCCGAACAACCUCAACUACCUCGUCGUCGCGAAACACUUCGAAGUCGACGAGCUCGCUAGAGACCAAGACGUCCAGUAGCUCCACGCAGACAGCGUCUAGUAUCAUCGCAGCUAUCACAACUGCGAGUCCUAGCACAUCCUCAACUCUCACGAGCCUAUCUUCCACCAGCCUGGUCCCUACGACGAACGCUGCGUCCUCCCAGACGCCGUUGUCGUCAACGGCUUCAAGCUCUGCCGCUGCUUCUGCAACGGCUCUUGUCGCCGCUUCAGCAUCAGGUUCCAAAAGCCUUUCACAUAAUACGGUCCUGCUAGUGGUAUUGAUUGUCGGCGCCGUCAUCAUUGCAGUCGUAGUUGCAUGCGGUCUCGCAUGGCUGUGUCGAAGAUCCCGCAAGCAUGCACGAAUCACUGAAAACGGAGAGGAUGGCGACUUUUAUACGCAGCCGUGGGCACCUCGUCGUCCAUCACUGCCAAGCGAGGCUGCCGAGAGCAAGGAGGACCUCGGGAUGAACCAGCCGUAUUACGACAGCUAUCUCGCUGGAGCUAUCCCGCAGUACACGGCCGAGGUGGAUCCGAGGGCGAAUAGAAUAUCACAGGCCAGCAUCGUGUUGGCUCCUCCCUAUAAACUCAAGAGUCCCGUGAUUGGCGAGGAUGGAUUCUCCCACAGCCUGCACAGCAGUGAACAUGGGCACGGCCCUGUCUAUGCGCACUCGUAGUGCAGACGACGUUAUAAUUAGAUUGGCAAUCAAUAAAAAAUCUUCAACCCGACCUGAC